CAAUUGCAACAUUAGAUUUCGCAUCUCUGUAUCCAUCAAUUAUGAUGGCAUAUAAUCUAUGUUACUGCACCCUGGUGAUUCUUCUAACUUUUUUUUUUUUUUUUUUUUUUUUUUUGUAAUUUAUGAAGGUAACACCUGAAGAUGCUCGCAAACUGAACCUUCCACCAGAGUGUGUCAACAAAACUCCAUCUGGUGAAACAUUUGUUAAAUCAAAUCUCCAAAAGGGUAUACUUCCUGAAAUUCUUGAAGAGCUAAUAGCGGCUCGUAAACGAGCAAAGGCAGACCUGAAGGCAAGCACCCUAAUUGCUUUGUUACCUUCAGAGUUUCCUGAUAAUAGAUUAUAUUGUUACGUACAGGAAGCAAAGGAUCCACUUGAAAAGGCCGUUUUAGAUGGUCGGCAACUAGCUCUAAAGAUAAGUGCAAAUUCUGUAUAUGGAUUUACAGGAGCGACUGUUGGUCAGUUACCUUGUAUAGAGAUAUCUUCAAGCGUUACAAGCUAUGGUCGACAAAUGAUUGAGCACACAAAAAAACUUGUCGAAGAUAAAUUUACAACAGUAGGAGGGUAUGAACACACUGCUGAGGUCAUUUAUGGGGAUACAGAUUCUGUUAUGGUACAAUUUGGUGUGUCUAAUGUGGAGACAGCAAUGAACUUGGGAAGAGAAGCUGCUGAAUACAUCAGUGGAACUUUCACAAAACCCAUCAAGCUGGAGUUUGAGAAGGUCUAUUAUCCAUAUCUGCUUAUUAGCAAGAAAAGAUAUGCUGGUUUACUGUGGACAAAUUCCCAGAAGUUUGACAAAAUGGAUACUAAAGGAAUUGAAACAGUUCGAAGAGACAAUUGUUUAUUGGUCAAAAACCUUGUAAAUGAUUGUCUUCAUAAGAUAUUGAUCAACAGAGACAUACCUGGUGCAGUUCAAUAUGUCAAAAAUACAAUUUCAGAUCUUCUCAUGAAUCGAAUGGAUUUGUCACUUUUGGUUAUUACAAAGGGACUGACCAAAACUGGGGAUGAUUAUGAAGUCAAAGCAGCUCACGUCGAACUUGCUGAACGCAUGCGCAAGCGGGAUGCUGCCACUGCUCCAAAUGUUGGGGAUCGGGUGCCUUAUGUUAUUGUAAAAGCUGCAAAAGGUGCUAAGGCUUAUGAGAAGUCUGAGGAUCCCAUCUAUGUGCUAGAAAAUAACAUACCAAUAGACCCAAACUAUUAUCUUGAAAAUCAAAUUAGCAAGCCACUGUUAAGAAUUUUUGAGCCGAUUUUGAAGAAUGCCGAAAAGGAACUUCUUAAAGGAAGUCACACAAGAUCUAUUUCCAUCUCAACACCUUCAAACAGUGGCAUUAUGAAAUUUGCAAAGAAACAGCUUAGUUGUAUUGGUUGCAAAGCACUACUUAGCGAUGCAGAUAAAACUCUCUGUUCUCACUGCAAGGGAAGAGAAGCAGAACUGUACUGCAAAACAGUUUCUCAAGUUUCAGAUCUUGAGGAGCUCUUUGGGAGGCUGUGGACGCAAUGCCAAGAGUGCCAAGGUUCUCUUCACCAGGAUGUGCUCUGUACUAGUCGGGAUUGUCCAAUAUUUUAUCGAAGGAAAAAAGCACAGAAAGACAUGGCCGAAGCCAAGAGACAAUUAGGCAGGUGGAACUUCUAAGUGCAGUCCAAGGUUUUUUUCGUUGCCUCUGAGGAACACAUGUUGAUCUUCCCAUUAUUAUUACAUGGAUAGGAAGAAUAUCUCUAAUAAAGUAUAACAAAAAUUUGAUGCGAGUUGGAUUUAUACAAAGCCUUGAAACCAAUAUUUAUGGAGAUUCUUGGUGGAAAUCUCAAUCUGUUCUUUUUAACUUGUACUCAGACCCUGGAGAGAUGCAGGACAGCCCUUAGAAUUUCCAGUUUUGACUGCAAUUUUUGGUGAAGGUACUGAUUUAGCAGGUAGCUGGAUAAUGGAAAAGUUGUGACAAGUUUUAUGUGCUAAAGGGUUAGAACACUGAUUGUUUUUGCGAUUUGAUUAUGAUAUUUGUGUUACUCCUCUAUUUGUUUAUAGCCUAACAGAUGGCGUCCUGAAGAUGACAUCCGUGUCAAGUGUUCUAGGUAUCCGUAUGCUGGUGAACGUUGAUUAGCGUGUAAUUAUCUUUCUAAUAUAUAUACAAGAGUCUG